AUGCCCCCUCGAGUUCACCCGCUCUUUAACCCUGCCGAUGUCACUCCCAGAAAAGCCCUCCCCCCCAGUAAACAGCCUAGAACAACUAGAAGACAACUAGGUCGAUAUGAGAAGGGAAUGAUCAUUGCCCUUUAUCAUACGAUGCAGAACAUUUCUCAAGUUGCCAAUAUUAUGAGGAGGCCAUGGAAGAGUCAACAAACAAGUCUACCUACAGAUGCUACAAUACCUCCUCCUACCUGUCUUGAUUCGAAGCUCAAGAAAAGGCUUCAAAUUCAAUACCCUCAGAUAAAAGACACACCUGGAGGACCUGAUAAAGUAAGAGAAAGACUGGCUGAAGUCCUGCCCUUGGUUUGGGACACAAUACCUGAGGAGUUCUUUGAGAAGUUAUGGAGGUCUAUGCCUGACAGAGUGGCGGCAGUUAUUGAAGCAAGAGAGUGGUAUACAAAGUACUAA